AGCUCCCCAUGAAAGCUCUUUAGUCUAUGGAGGUAAAGACGUUCAAAGCCAACUCUCGCCAACCCUCCCCACAGUUAACUUUUUUUGUCAGCCGACACUGUUAUUAAAAAGUUGAAUUGACAAGCGGAACAAAAGUCAAUAUUGAAGUCAGUAAAAUUUAUUUCACUCAGUGUGGAGUCGAUAUAUUUCUUUCAAACGGAGUUCUCGUUCCUUGCGUCAAUCAACUAGACCUCUUGCCGGUCUGUCUUUAUUAGCUGCUCAUGUAUAGCGCCCCCUACAACUUGAAGUGUCUCAAUACAUGUAGCGGCGCAGACCCAAGUUAACCAUAGCUUAGUCUAAGUACGUGGACAAGUAAAGGAUACUUAGAUGUGUAUUCAAUUUCUAUGACGUCAUUAUGGAGGGACGUAAAUGUAACAGGUGCUAAUGUGAUUGUCCAGUUGACUUUAAAACAGGUGUAAACCUGGUCCAGUUGACUUUAAGACCUGGGCCAUUUCACAGUUCGGAUGCCAUUUUCUUCUUUAAGACCUUACUAUAAGACAGAAUGCAAGCAUUCAAAGUUGAGACAAUGGCACGAGGCUACUUCGACGAACAGGCGAGGUUCGAAUCCAUGCGGCACCACGCCAAGAAGGCCCAGAUCCUGCAGAAACACGAGGACCUGCGCAGGAAGUGUGAGAGGCAGGUUCGAACCUUCGCACGAGAGGCCAGGUACGCCACGUCCCGGCUGACCAUUGGCCAGUCCACCCACCUGAAGAGGAUGUGCCAGCUGGAGCAGAGGGAGGCGGGUGCCAGACGGGGCGUGGGGGGCGGGGACAACUCGGGGAGCCCCUGCAAGACACACGUGACCAAAGCGGAAGUGCCGAGUUUUCACGCUAAGAAGAGAGGCGUUUUGUUGUUUAGGAUUGAGAAGAGGGACGGACACAGUCGGUACAUAAGUCAGGCCAACAAUUCCCCGCUACAUAAGUCAGGCCAACAAUUCCCCGCUACAUAAGUCAGGCCAACAAUUCCACGCUACAUAAGUCAGGCCAACAAUUCCACGCUACAUAAGUCCUGCUGAGCUACACGAUCAUGUGCCAACUGUCCAGCAAAUGUUAUAUCAUAAGGGAGAAAAUCAUUGUCCUUACAGUCAUGCUAACUUAAUAUCAAAAGAGAGACAAUAUAUGCCCCUAAAAAAGGGAGACACUAUAUGCCCCUACAAAAGGGAGGCACUAUAUGCCCCUACUAAAGGGAGGCACUAUAUGCCCCUAAAAAAGGGAGACACUAUAUGCCCCUACAAAAGGGAGACAGUAUAUGUCCCUACAAAAGGGAGACAGUAUAUGUCCCUACAAAAGGGAGACAAUAUAUUUCCCUACAGUCCAGACAUCACAAGGAUGACAGAAGCUGCCCCAGAUAUACCGGGCAGACAGGCAGCACCACACAACACUAUUGCCUUGUUUACAAAAACAUUUUAUAACUUUUCACACUAUACAGGUGUUGAUAUAAACUUUUAAUUGGUGAUAUAACAUCACAAAUGAUGUGCCACCACCAGAAAAGAUGUGACACCUUCACAAAGUGUGAGUGAAUGAUGUGGGAUGUCUUGAUGUUCAGGAGUCGUGACAGUUCUCUUGUUCAUACUGGAUACUUUGUGUGAUUUAGUGUGUGUGAUGGUGCCUGAUAUUGAGUGAUGUGUGAUUUGCUUGAUUCUUGUGUGAUUUUGUUUGUGUGAUGUUACCUGACAUUGAAUAAUGUAUGAUGAUGUAACAUGAGUGAUGUCAUUUGAAGUAUGACAGUUUCAAGUUGUGCGAUGUGCGUGUGAGAUGUUGUUGAAGUGUGAGAUGUGUGUUAUGUGUGAGAUGUGUGUGAUGUAUGAGAUGUGUGAUAUGUGAGAUGUUGAUGUUAUUUCUAAGUUUAUGUUGACGGAUGAUGUUUCUGCUGCCUUCUUUAAUGCUGAAUUCUCGUGAACUCUUCGUCCGGCCACCAAAUGCCGGUCAAAUUAUGCCGGCCCCAGCAUGCCGGCCCCAGAAUACCGGCCACAGUGCCGGUCACAGAAUGCCGGCCACAGUGCCGGUUUCCAGCCACCUUGAUGGAAUUUAAUAUCGAGUCACAAAUAACUUAUUGAUUUUAACAUGACACCGAUGUCUGCAUCGGGCAGUCAAUAACAUUCAGCAGAUCGAUAAACGAUACAACUUCGAUCUGAUCGAUGAUUCAUACACAUUCGAUCAGCAGAUCAAUGACCCAUACACAUUCGAUCAGCAGAUCAAUGACCCAUACACAUUCGAUCAGUACAUCAAUGAACGAUACACCUUCGAUCAGCCGAUCAAUGACCCAUACACAUUCGAUCAGCCGAUCAAUAAAGAUACACCUUCGAUCAGCAGAUCAAUAAAGAUACACCUUCGAUCAGCAGAUCAAUAAAGAUACACCUUCGAUCAGCAGAUCAAUAAAGAUACACCUUCGAUCAGCCGAUCAAUAAAGAUACACCUUCGAUCAGCCGAUCAAUAAAGAUACACCAUCGAUCAGCAGAUCAAUAAAGAUACACCUUCGAUCAGCAGAUCGAUGAUCCACUCUGCGAUCAUGCGAUGGUUGACACUGGACAACACUGAACUGUUGUGGUGAUGGGGAAGUUCAAAUAAUCAAUCGAAUCGUGAACGUGUUCAAUUCUAAUUAGUCUAAUUAGUGGUGACCUUGGGUGUCUUGGGCACCAGGAAGUUGAGAAAGGUCCCAA